GAAAAGUCUAAACAAAAUAUUGACAAAAUAAAUAAAAAAUAUUGGACAUCUCUUGAAAUCACGUUUCCAAAUUGGAAAUUCCAAUAAUACAUAUUACGGCAUUACGUAAUACGAAAAAUUAAACAAUCCUGCAAUUUAAGUAAACUAUAAGCAAUCAUUAUUUUUCUGUAGCACAAAAUACGUUGCAUAUGUGAGAACUUUGUUUUGGAUUAACAGGUUGUAUUAAUUGAUUCAAUCUUGAUUGUUUUCGUUGGUAGUACAAACGAAAAAUAUAAUUUUAUACUGAAAAAGUCGAAUGCAGCAAAACCGAAUGAAUUGAGAAAUUAUGAAUACGCUAAAAGAAGAACAGGGAGGAAUAGAAGAAGGAUGCUAUUUAUGUGGGGAUGACGACGGUGAUGGAAGGAGACCCUUUGGCGGAGUGGGUGGAGAUAUAAAAAUUCUAGAAACAUGGUCACUCCGCUGCGUUGAAUCAAUUUCCUGCCUCUUUCGAAUUCCUGCCAACGAUCCACUCCGUCAAGUCAUGAAAGACGCGGAUUAUUGUCAGAAAUGUGUCCAAGUUGUUCGAGAUAUUGAUUUUACCUUUCGUCUCUUUAAUCAAUUACUUGCAAGAUUGGAGGUAUUGCAAAAAGACAUGUUGGACAAGGUGGCGCAGAAAGAGAUUAAAGAUUUUGGGGAAAAUUUUGAGCGAGAAAUUUCUAAACUGCUUCGCGAAGGAAGUGCUGACAUUAAUGUUGGGAUUGAUCGGUUUAAACAUUUACUAAAUUUGGAAUCCUUGAGGAAUUAUUCUGACAACAACGAUACAAAACCAGUCCAACAUUCAAGCCGAGCUGUGAAACGAAAACUUUUGAAUGAAGUUGACAAUGUGAAGAUUGAAGAGGAAGAGAAAAGUUACAUAAAUUUUAAACAAGAAGAGGAAGUUGAUUUAUUAUUUAUGGAACAAGACCGGAUUUUUCUAUCGACAGAGGACGAUCACCAACAAAACUUUGGCAUCCUUGGGUAUUCCCCAGAGAGUUAUGAACAACCUUUUGUAUCUGAGGAUGACAGUUAUGAUGACUAUCAAACCAGUCAUGGGAAGAGGCCUCGAAGGCCGAACAGUCCCAUAAAACUCAAAAAAUUUAAGUGUUCUCUUUGUCCUGCAUUGGCCUUUGGAUCUGACAUGGCCUUGAAAGGACAUAUAAGAGGUGUCCAUGAGUUUGACCCCCUCCCAUAUCAUUGUGACAAGUGCCCAAAAAAACUCAAGCAGUUGAAAAGUCUUAAACGUCACAGAGCCAAUAAAUGCACACUUUCACUCCUCACUUUUGAAAAUACUACUGCUGAGCUUCAACCCAAAUCAGAACCUCAUCAUCUUUCGAACUCUGAAGCUGGAAAUCCACUAAUCCGACGCUCCUCUCCCCGUGUAACUGUAAAACGGGAAAUAACCAGUAUUCUAAAACACGAGGACCAAGAUGAUGACACUGCUAUUAAUUUAGAUGAAGAUAACCAAUAUCCUUCCGAUAAAGAUGACGAUUAUCUAGAAACUGGAGAAGACGAGGAGGACGAUAACGCUUCAGAUUUUGAUUUCUCGGACAAUGAUUAUUCUGACGGAAAUGAUGAAGAUUAUCGUCGCCGUCAACGGGGUAGGAAAAAUCGGGGGGAUACUUCCAUCAAAAAAUUACAAUGUCGCUUAUGCCCAGCCUCGUUUAUGGCGGAAGCAAGUUUGAAGGGUCAUCAACUGGGAGUUCAUGAAAAUGACCCUCUACCCUUCCACUGUGUUAAGUGCCCCAAGAAAUUCCGGAAAUACAAAUCUCUACAAUCUCACACAAGUAAAAGAUGUCAAAAAGAAGUUGUCCAACCAUCUCAAAAUAUCCCAUGCGUUUCAUGUCCUAAAAAGUUUUCCACUAAUUCAUCCCUAAAGACUCACACGCAGCGAUUACAUACUCAAUUCAACUGCAGUUUCUGUGCCUUAAACUUUCAAACCCAUGAAGAAACUCAAACCCAUGAGGAACUCCAUAAAAAUUUUGAGCAGCCCUUUCAAUGCAUCAUCUGCCAGUCGGUAUUCUCCAACUCGUUAAAGCUUAAAGAUCAUGUCGCAUUAUCUCAUACCAACAAUCGCGUCGUGUGUGACGUCUGUGGUAGAAAGUUUGUAAAUGAAAAAUAUCUGCGGAAACAUCAAGUGAUACACAGUGAAUCCUACGUCGGACACAAGUGCGAAGUCUGUGGGCAUGUUUUUCAAAGCCCAUCGGUCCUGAGUCAACAUAUGAAUAAGCAUUCCACCACGAAGAACUUUAUUUGUGAAAUUUGUGGGGCCGGUUUCAAGUACCCAGCCGGACUAAAACUGCAUAAAAUAAGUCAUGAGCCUAAGGCACAGCUCCCCAUUGUAUGUAAAAUAUGCGAUAAAACAUUCGCCUGUAAACAGUUCCUCCUGAAACAUGAAGAAAUUCAUUCUGGUACGUUAUCUUACGAGUGCCCAACUUGUCAUAAAAAAUUCAAGAGGGCAAAUAACUUGAGGCAACAUGUUCAGAUUCAUGAGCCAAAGGAUCCCAACAGGAAGAAGCGAGCGCGGAAGACUAGCAGACCGCCCACAGCAGCAGCAGACACGAUAAGGAAUCGAAAUGAAGUAAUCAAUGAUGUGGCAGUCGCAGGCGUUGUUACUGUCGCCUCUGGAGAUGAUGACCAUGGUCAAGACCGAGUCAUUAAUUAUUUUAUACACUAUUAACACGGAACAAGGAGAGCGCAUUUAAAAUUUAGUAAAUUGAAAUGCAUUCAAUAAUUGUGAUAAAAACAUGUACAUUAAAAUAUGAGAAUCUAGUCAAUUAGCAAUAAAUAAAUGCAUACAAGUUUCCUAAUAAGUGA